AUGCUACUUUACUUUAUUACUUGUGUCUCUUUCUUUCUGUUUCUGAAACCACUUCUCCUUCUAAAACCACUUCCAUCAUGGGCAAAUGAGGUGAGGUUGAUCUCCCUUUUGUUUCACAAAGACUUGUGUGUCAAAUCCAUUUCGAAGUUGUUAAGGAAGACAUUUGUUUCGAGAAUGUCUUCUGUGAAGAAGAGAUUUGUUUCAAAAGUAGAGAAUCUCGAGGAGGAGGAGGAGAAAGACUCGUCACAACACGAUUUGUCUGUGUUGGAUUUGCCUGAGCUUGUGUUGGAUAGCAUUCUUGAAAGGCUACCUCCGUCUUCGCUUUGUCAAAUGGCUGGCGUUUGUCAUUCGUUGAGGGAGAGAUGUGUGAGUGAUCACCUUUGGGAGAGACACAUGAAACAGAAAUGGGGUAGAGUUAUUGGUUCUGUUGCUUAUAGGGAGUGGAAAUGGCAUGUUGCUUCACAAAAGAAUGUUGGAAGUCUCAGACAUGGCAAACAAAGGAGCUUGAUCAUGUUUAUGUCCCUUCGUUGGCCUUUUACAUGGAUGAGAAUGAAGCUUGAUGCUGCUUAUAUUAACGGUGCUAAGAAGCAGAAUAAUUUUUUGCCUCCUGAUUCCUUCAUGACUUGGUAUCUUGCUCUUGAGAAUGGAAAUUUCUCUUUUCCUGCUCAAGUCUAUAACCGAGAGAAUGGCCAUGUUGGUUUUAUGCUAUCAUGCUAUGAUGCUGAGGUUACAUAUGAUCCACACACCGACACCUUCCAAGCAAGGUAUCCGCCGCAUGGAAGAAGGGCUGCAGCAGUAGAGCAUGGCAUCCAAUGGGAAAGGCUAAGAGCACCGCCUGUCGAUAGUCCUCCGCACGAUCUUCAUAUCACUGAUUGUCUACAUGAUUUGCAUCCUGGUGAUCACAUAGAGAUUCAGUGGAGGAGAAACAAAGAUUUUCCUUAUGGUUGGUGGUAUGGUAUUGUAGGCCACUUGGAGUCAUGUGAUGGUAAUGAAAAUUACUGCCGUUGUCACGAUAACGACACAGUGGUGCUAGAGUUCAAUCAGUACACUACUGAUUCACGUUGGAGGAAGACGACUAUUAGUAGGAAAGAUCACCGGGAGGAGGGAAACGAGGCCGACGGAUUUUACGGUGGAAUUAGAAAGAUCAAGAGUAAGAAUGAAAUCUCCGUUUGGAGAAGCAUUUGGCCUUCUGAAGUCUUGGAUUAA